AUGGCGAAAAGGAGUUGGUCUGAUGCGAAUGACAGCAUGGAGUUUAUGACGUUGAUGACCGCCGGCAAUGGGGAGCAGUCAUUUCCACAAAUAUCUCGGAAAAUCAAGGCAUGUGCCGCCUGUAGGAAGCACAAGAUCAAAUGUCUAAUGGACGAGAGCGGGCCACCGUGUCGGCGGUGUUCUGAAAGGAACCUAGGCUGCGUCUUGGGCAAGAACCUGCAGAGUAUCAUUGACGAAAAAACACAGUACAACGAGGCAGUCUUACAAGACAUUGAAAACCUGCACAACACGCUGAGGGAAGUCACCAAGAAGAUGGGUCUUCCCGAACCAGCGGCACUGCAGAGUUCGACCCUUCAAAAAUCGGCAGAAUCCCCGUCACAGCAAAGCCGCUCCGGUCCCGGCCUGGCUAGGAACGGAACCCGUUUCGGCGUCCCCGGGCAGGACAACCACGGCCCGUCGUGCGACAACUCGCCCAAGAUAUCCCCCGAAGACGAGAACCUCCCCCACGUCCCGAUUCACUCACUCUACGCCCUCACCAAGCUGAGAGCUCUGAGGUCGCCAGACGCGCCCGAAGGCCACUCGAGCCCGGCCCAGGACGACUUUAUUGCCCGCGGUGCCCUGCGUCUGGACGACGCCGAACGCCUUUUCUGUCUCUACCGAGACCGUCUCGAUGCUUUCAUGUACGGCGUGGGGUGCAAGUACCAGCAGCUCGAUGAGUUGCGGCGCAAGAGUCCAAUUCUGGCCGCGGCGACCCUCACCGUCGCCGCGCUGCACGAUCCCCGAGCAAACAGUCUCUACGGCAUCUGCAGCUCCGAGUUCCGACGGCUCACUGAGAGGUCCAUGUUUGACAGGCGAGUCAACAGGGAUUACCUCCGCGCCAUGUGCGUGGCAUCGUACUGGCUCUCCGACAUGUCGUGGAUGCUGUCGGGGUACGCCAUCAGGAGAGCGGCGGAGUGCAACCUGCACAACAGCUAUACUCGCGCCAUCCAGGAGAAGAGCGAAGAAGCUGCGGACGGUGCGCGGCUGUGGUACAUUUUGAACAUUUGCGACCAACAUCUUGCCACGUUGUAUGGGAGGCCGGCGAUUGUGCAGGAGGACUCGUCCAUGCAGCAGUGGGAAAGCUUCCUCGAGUCACCGAUAUCGACCGAGGAAGACAAGCGUCUCGCAAGCCAGGUUGCCCUCCUGGGGAUCAUUGGCAGUAUUAGGGAGCUAUUCGGGCCUGACAAGGGUCAACCGACGCCACGGGCCUACGUGCACCAAAUCACUCACUUCAACAAGGAACUCGAUCACUGGAUUAAACAUUGGUCAGAAACGCUGUCAGAACAAUACCAACAUAUCGGCCGCUUCCCUCGCAAAGGCGCCCUUUUACACUUCCACUUUGCCAAGCUCCAUCUCUACUCCCACAUCUUCCGAGGUCUCUCGGGAGACAGCCCGAUCCCACACCACUUCCUCGACUGUGCCGCAACGGCCAUCUCUGUGGCCACGUCGACCAUUGAAUUCAUCAUCACCGACCCGGACGUUGCCGCGGGCGUGGUGGGCAUGCCGUCGUACCUGCACUGCAUGACGGCUUUUGCCUGCAUGUUCCUCAUCAAGGUGGCAGUCAAGUACGGCGGCGACCUGAUCGAGCCGGAACGCGUCUGGAACCUGACGACGAACCUCGUGCGGCACUUCCGCUCUCUACCCGCCGGCCGGUGGCAUUUGGCGAACCUCAUGGCGCCAGGUCUUGAGCGCAUGGCCAGGACGUUGAAGAGCGGCCGGGGAGAAGCGUCGGCGCAAGUGCUGGAGGCGCAGCCGGUCAACGGGGCUCAUUCGCAAGGGGUGAUGGAUCCCCAGCUCGCCGGUGGUAGCGCUGACGGGACGUUGAUGGGUCCCGAAGGGGAGUUCUUCUUCGAUUAUGACAUGAGCUUCGGUCUGUCCCCGGUGUUUCAAUUUGAUGUGACGGCUUUGAACGCGGAUAGCACAUCACUGGUGGAAGAAGACUUUGCAAACGUGGACUAUCAGAUGACCAGGCCCAGCUCAUGA